AUGCCGAGCUAUGUGAAAUUCCUCAAGAACAUACUCGCCAACAAGAGGAAGAUCGGGGAGAAUGAAACGGUUACAUUAACGUAUGAGUGUAGUGCGCUCUUUCAGAAUAACAUCCCCACUAAAAUGAAAGAUCCAUGGAGUUUCACAUUUCCAUGCUCAAUAAAGGGAAAAGAAGUCGGGAAUGUGCUGUGUAACUUAGGGGCAAGUAUAAACUUGAUGCCCUUGUCAAUCUUCAAGAAGUUAAACAUCGGCAAUGCAAGACCCACCAUAGUCACGUUGCAGUUGGUUGACAGAUCAAUAACGCAUCCAGAGGGCAAAAUAGAAUAUGUACUUGUGCAAGUGGAUAAAUUCAUCUUCCCUGCUGACUUUAUCAUAUUGGAUUAUGAAGCUGACAUUGAGGUACUGAUCAUCUUGGGUCGCCUGUUUCUCGCAACAGGGCGAGCAUUGAUUGACAUACAGAAAGGAGAACUUACCAUAAGAGUCGACGAUCAGCAAGUUAAGUUUAACGUUCUCAAUGCGUUGAAAUACCAAGGUGAUAUGGAAAACUGUUAG